CAAAGAACGAAGAGACUCAGCAACUUUGAUUCCUUGGGUGGUUUGAUGUCCAUCUGUCCCAACGCUACAGAGGAAGAAAGCAAUAAUCCGAUGUACGCGAGGGAGUUCCAGACGAUGCUGGAGGGUUUGGAGGAGGAGGAAUCGGGGCACGUGUCAGAGAAGAAACGGAGAUUGAGCGUGGAUCAGGUCAAGGCAUUGGAGAAGAAUUUCGAGGAGGAGGAAUCGGGGCACGUGUCAGAGAAGAAACGGAGAUUGAGCGUGGAUCAGGUCAAGGCAUUGGAGAAGAAUUUCGAGGUCGAGAAUAAGCUUGAGCCGGAGAGGAAAGUUAAGCUGGCUCAGGAGCUCGGUCUGCAGCCGCGCCAGGUCGCCGUCUGGUUCCAGAACCGCCGCGCGCGCUGGAAGACCAAACAGUUGGAGAGAGACUACAGCGGCCUCAAGGCCAGCUACGACGGCCUCAAGCUCAACUUCGAGAGGCUCCAACGCGACAAUGAAUCUCUACUCAAAGAGAUUCGCGAGCUCAAAUCGAAGCUCAACGGAGACGACGAGGAGAAGACGAGACUCGAAAGCGAGAUCGGCGACGCGGUUCUCAGGCGAGCUGGCGCGGCCGAAGAGCGCGGACGUGGACGUGGACUACCACGUGCAGAGGGUGAACAUAAGCUCGCUGACGUCGAUGUCGGCGAAGUCAAGGAGGAGGAUAUUCAUGUUCGGGCCGGUGAAAUUCAAGCCAGAGAUGGAGCUGGGCGCUAUCAAGCACAGGCAGGCCAAGCUAGCGGAGAAGCCCACUGCCCCGGAGAAGGACGUGCCCUCGCAGCCCGAGCCCGAGCCGGAAAAGGUAGCGACGCCGACUGA